GGGGCGGUCAGCGUUUGCAAGCGAGCCGGGGCUGCCGAGGAGGGUCCGUCGCCGAGUGCAUCUCCCCUCCCGGUAAGGGUGAAGAAGGCGCGCUGUGCCGCGGGGCGGAAUAAGAAAAGAAGAUGAAUGUCGGGGUUGCCCACAGUGAAGUAAAUCCCAACACAAGAGUAAUGAACAGCAGAGGAAUGUGGCUCACGUACGCUCUUGGGGUUGGCUUGCUCCAUAUUGUCUUGCUGAGCAUUCCGUUCUUCAGUGUUCCGGUUGCAUGGACCUUAACCAAUGUUAUUCACAAUUUGGGAAUGUAUGUAUUUUUGCAUGCUGUAAAGGGGACACCAUUUGAAACACCUGACCAAGGUAAAGCAAGACUGCUGACGCACUGGGAGCAGCUGGACUACGGCGUGCAGUUUACAUCUUCCCGGAAAUUCUUCACAAUCUCUCCAAUUAUUUUGUAUUUCCUGGCAAGCUUCUACACAAAAUAUGAUCCGGCACAUUUCAUCCUAAACACAGCUUCUCUCUUAAGUGUACUUAUUCCGAAGUUGCCACAGCUGCACGGAGUCAGAAUCUUUGGGAUCAACAAGUAUUAAGCAGGAGAAACGAAACUAAGAGCAAUCUGACCAAAACGUGGCAUUGACUGCUUGUUUCCCUUGGCGGAAGGAACAGUUUGCAGUGCCACUUAUCUAACAAUCUAUACAACAAGACUUUCUACUCCCAAGAUGUGUGCUAUUCUUUCAAAGCUAUGCGGGAGAGGAAUAAGACUUUCUCAAGACGUAUCAAACUUAAGUGGUAUAUCUUUGGAGGAAAGGCUUUGCAUAAGGAGCUAGGCAGGCCUAGUUCUAUUAUGUUAGGUGCACUGGCAGGAUAUAUGCCAAGCUAGCAUAAAUGAGUCUCAAAAGGAGAAUGAGUAAUUUGAUUGAAGCAUAGGCAUAAUGUUUCACAUGCUUAAGACAGCUGUGGUAAUGCAAAGUGCAUUAGGAAAAGAAGGGGAAUUGCCCAAGUUCUCCAUUGUAAGAGAUGAGUAUGGUUUAAAUGCUGUAAAGUAGCCAGUUAAUGCUUUUUGGGUGUUUUUUAAUGUUAUUAUUUUACAUCCAGGAUUUUAUCUCCAGCUGCAGGAGUUGCCAGGUUAAUAUUAUACUAGCAAGUGCUGUGACUCCAUUGUAAUGGAUUUCAUGCCUUAUCGGUUCGGGGGCUGAGGUCAAAUUUAAAGUCUUUGUUUCAUACCAAUUUAAACCAAUCAAUAAUGUUUUCCAGACAAAGCUGAUCGUUCUAAAACGUCCAGAGUAUCUAAACUUACAAAAUGAUCUGUAGAACUGGGUUCUUUUCCGCCUUGGCUGACCUUAGUGGCUGGGUUCAUUAAGACCGAGAUAUUUCGCCUUCAGUGCAAACUGCUAAAUAAUUUUUCACCUCCAGAGAUGGCUCGCAAAAAUGAGAGCCCUGUUUCAGCUAGUAGAAACGCUGUCUCCAGUAGAAUAUCUGGCCUUGUACAGGCAACAACCAUUUUGCACGGGGGUCGUGGGCCUGACCCCAGUGUGCAUCGGCUGAGUUCGCAUAAGCCCGCUCUGCUCUGUUGUGCCCAUGCCCCCUUUUCCGGAUACUUCCUUGUCGCACGUGUGCAGUCACACACAUAUUGGACACGUGCAAAACAUUCAUUGCCUGUACUCGGCUGGAAAUUGCCACGCGGUGGGAAACACACGACACCAUAAUGUGUUGCCUCCAGAUUUCCGCAUCCACCCCCUUGUGCUUUACGCAAGUUGUGAAAAUUAAGGGUGGACUGCAGGCUUGAUUAGAACUGUAAACUGGGGGAUUUUUUGCCUUAAGAGCUUAAGGUCUUUGUUUCAGAGUUUGGUACUACCACACCCUGUAUCAGCAUAUUCACAAAAAACCUGAUGUGGCAAAUACCUCUUGGAUAAAUCAUUUUGUGUGACCCAAGGAUGAGGCAUGUGUUUCCCGCUGUUGAAUGGGGAAUGGCUGUGACUUGGUAGCAAAGAAAAGCACCUUGCUUCAAUUAAGACUCUGCCUCUUGCCCACAGAGACGUGUGAAUUCAAGCUAGUAGUGAUUAUGCACUAAUGGGCUACUUUCAAUAAACUAUACUUUCCUUGGACUCUGGAAAUGUCUGUUAAAAUAUCAAUGUUUUAUAUUAAUAAAGUGAAUGACUUUGAGACUGA